AUGCCCGCUUUCUCGCUGUGUGCGUUCCAGGUGAUCGGCACGGCCAUGUUGUUGCUGUGCCUGAUGGCCCUGUCUGACCAAAGGAACCAGCCUGCUCCAUCGGGGGGUGAGCCCAUCGCUGUGGGCCUGUUGGUACUGCUCAUAGGAGUCUCUCUGGGGAGCAACAGCGGAUACGCUAUCAACCCUAGCCGCGACCUGGGACCUCGAAUCUUCACCGCUAUAGCAUGCUGGGGGCCAGAGGUGUUCCGGUAAGACUUGAGGGGAGUGGGGGGUAAGACCCGGUGGGGGUCAGUUCAGUUUUCAGUUUUGGUUCAGGGAUUCCAGUAAUUUCAUUUAUAUUCAAUAUGUGAAUUCAAAAGUCAAUUGGCCAUUUUCAGAACUGAGUGGAUUGAAAAGUGAAUUGACCCCAACCUUGCCUGCUAGUCUUGCAAGGGCUUUUUAUCUUACAGUGCCUUCAGAAAGUAUUCACACCUAAAUAAGUUCAGGAGUAAAGAUGUGCUUAACAAGUCACAUAAUAAGUUACAUGAACUCUGUGUGCAAUAAUAGUGUUUAACAUAACUCUGUACCCCACACAUACUGUACAAUUAUCUGUAAGGUCCCUCAGUCGAGCAGUGAAUUUCAAACACAGAUUCAACCACAAAGACCAGGGAGGUUUUCCAAUGCCUCGCAAAGAAGGGCACCUAUUGGUAGAUGCAUAAAAAAUAUAAAAAAAGCAGACAUUGAAUAUCCCUUUGAGCAUGGUGGAGUUAUUAAUUACACUUUGGAUGGUGUAUCAAUACCUAGUCACUACAAAGAUACAGGUGUCCUUCCUAACAUUCACCAUGAGGCCAAUGGUGACCUUAAACUGUUACAGAGUUUAAUGGCUGUGAUAGGAGAAAACUGAGGAUGGAUCAACAACAUUGUAGUUACAGCGGCCUGCGAAAAUAUUCACCCCCUUGGCAUUUUUCCUAUUUUGUUGCCUUACAACCUGGAAUUAAAAUGGAUUUUUUGUGGGUUUGUAUCAUUUGAUUUACACAACAUGCCUACCACUUUGAAGAUGAAAAUUAUUUUUAGUGUGAACCAAACAAGAGAUAAGACAAAAAAAACGGAAAACCUUGGCACAUCUAGCCACUGGGAUUUUUGCCCAUUCUUCAAGGCAAAACUGCUCCAGCUCCUUCAAAUCCAGAUCAAUGGCUGCCAAAUAAUACAAUAUAUAAUUAUGUACGACAAAACUCCCCAAAGCUAUUUUUGUUAGUUUUUGACUGACUUUGACCACUGUAACCAAUCUCCACACUCCCUCUCUCGCUCUCUGUUGUGCAGGGCAGGUAACGGCUGGUGGUGGGUACCUGUACUUGCCCCCCUGGUGGGAGGAGUCACAGGGGCUUCCGUCUACAAGGUCUUUGUGGAACUGCACCACCCCUCCCCCUGUGAACACAGGAGGGAGCUAGAGGACGAGGCAGAGGAGGCUGUCCCUCUGGAUAUGCAGAAAAACCUCGGCCCAGGGGUGUGUGUGUGA